GGCUGUAAUGACGGUGACGGCUGCAGCUACGGCCCCCACCCCGGCCCCGGCUCCAGCUACUGCCUCGGCCCCGUUCCCCGGCCCGGCCCCGGAGGAAGGAGCCUCUUCGGUGCACUGGUUCCGCAAGGGACUGCGGCUCCACGACAACCCCGCGCUGCAGGCGGCUCUGCGCGGGGCGCGGUGCGUGCGGUGCGUUUACAUCUUAGACCCGUGGUUCGCGGCCUCUUCCUCCGUGGGCAUCAACCGCUGGAGGUUCCUCCUCCAGUCCCUGGAAGACCUGGACAUCAGCUUAAGGAAACUGAACUCCCGCCUCUUUGUCGUGCGAGGACAGCCCACAGACGUGUUCCCGAGACUCUUCAAGGAAUGGGGCGUGACCCGGCUGACCUUCGAGUACGACUCGGAGCCCUUCGGGAAGGAGCGCGACACGGCCAUCGUGAAGAUGGCCAAGGAGGCCGGCGUGGAGGUGGUCACAGAGAACUCGCACACGCUCUAUGAUCUGGACAGGAUCAUUGAGCUGAAUGGGCAGAAGCCGCCCCUCACCUACAAGCGCUUUCAGGCUAUCAUCAGCCGCAUGGAGCUGCCCAGAAAGCCCGUGAACAGCGUGACGAGUCAGCAGAUGCAGCGAUGCCAGGCCGAGAUUCAGGAGAACCACGAUGAUGCCUACGGCGUGCCGUCCCUGGAGGAGCUCGGGUUCCCCACCGAUGGACUCGGCCCAGCUGUUUGGCAGGGAGGAGAGACGGAAGCUCUGGCCCGAUUGGACAAGCACUUGGAGAGGAAGGCUUGGGUUGCCAACUAUGAGAGACCGAGGAUGAACGCCACCUCCCUGCUGGCCAGCCCCACGGGCCUCAGCCCCUAUCUGCGCUUUGGGUGCCUCUCCUGCCGUCUCUUCUACUACCGCCUCUGGGAGCUCUAUAAGAAGGUGAAGAGGAAUAACACCCCGCCGCUGUCGCUGUAUGGGCAGCUCCUCUGGCGAGAGUUUUUCUACACGGCAGCGACCAACAAUCCCAAGUUUGACCGGAUGGAGGGGAACCCCAUCUGCAUCCAGAUCCCCUGGGACCGCAACCCAGAAGCCCUGGCCAAGUGGGCAGAGGGCAAAACCGGCUUCCCCUGGAUUGACGCCAUCAUGACCCAGCUGCGGCAGGAGGGCUGGAUCCACCACCUGGCCCGGCACGCUGUGGCCUGUUUCCUGACCCGCGGAGACCUCUGGGUCAGCUGGGAGAGCGGGGUGCGGGUGUUCGACGAGCUGCUCCUCGAUGCCGACUUCAGCGUGAACGCCGGCAGCUGGAUGUGGCUGUCCUGCAGCGCCUUCUUCCAACAGUUCUUCCACUGCUACUGCCCCGUGGGCUUCGGUCGUCGGACAGACCCCAGCGGAGACUACGUCAGGCGCUACCUGCCUCAGCUGAAAGGCUUCCCGGCCCGCUACAUCUACGAGCCCUGGAACGCCCCCGAGCCGGUGCAGAAGGCCGCCAAGUGCGUCAUCGGCGUGGAUUACCCCCGGCCCAUCGUCAACCACGCGGAGACCAGCCGGCUCAACAUCGAGCGCAUGAAGCAGAUCUACCAGCAGCUCUCCCGCUACCGGGGCCUCUGCUUACUGGCCUCUGUCCCGUCCUGCUUGGAAGAUCUCAGCAGCCCCAUGGUGGAGGCGAGCAUGGGCCAGGCCGGCGCCAUCGGCGGCUCAGGCCUGAAACCCCUGCCCUGCAGCCCAGCAUCCCCGAAACGCAAACUGGAGGCCACAGAGGAGGCUCCAGGGGAGGAGCACAGCAAACGGGCCCGGGUGAUGGUGGCGGCGGCGCUGCUGCCCGUACCAGAGCUGGCUGGCAGGGACGUGUGAGAGCGAGGAACCCCAGCCUGAGGGCAUCGGGAGAGGGGGCACGCGACAGAGCCGCAGAACUGAGCGGAUGCAGAAAGACGGGGCGCAGGGCGGCCACCAUGACAGUAGAACAUGGACUGUGGGGAAGGAG